UUGUGUUAGUUUCUUACCUACAAGUCAUGCUUGUAGCUUUGGGUUAUUAAUCUUACUUUAUUUGUUACUUAAUAAAAUAGUUAAAAUUGUGCAAUUUAUUUGUUUAUGCUACAAAGUACCUCCAUCUGUGGCAAUCACUCGUUAUUACACAAACACACACUAUUUGUCCAUACAAUUUCUGCGUUGUCGUGCACUGUGCGGUUUGCAUUAAAAUCACAAUUAUUAUGAAAUAAAAGUUUUGAUUUUGUUAGUAAUUAAGAUUUAUUUUUGUACACUCUGCAGUUCUGUAAAUCAACCUAGUUAAAUUAGAUUUAGCGCCAUAGGUACAAUUUGUUUUCUGUAUUGUCGCCACGGGUCCGAUUCGUGAACAUCUCUAGAUUUUAAUCAUAAUAACUUGGUCGAAUUCUGUGAUAAAUACCUAACGUACUGCGUUGUGUUUCUUUAUUUCGUUUCAAGUUGCGUUACAAUUGAGUUUUGUCUUGCAUGUCAAUAGUUUAUUAUAAGUUUUCAGUAGCAGCCCUGGAAAGCGGAUUACGGUUCUACGUUGUAGUUUUGAAGCUGUAUAAUAUGUUCAAAAUUAAACCUGAAAAUGACGAUGCAGAAGAAUACUCUGUUGAAUAAACGUUCGGAGUCGUUGAACCAAAACCGUUAGAUGUGCUGUUCAAAACCAUUGAAAUAUCUACAACAGAGGAGUAUUUGGUUAAGAAUGAAGUCGAUGAUACUUAUGAAGUUUUGAAGCGGUAUAAUAUAUUAAAAAUUAAACCUGAAAAUGACGAUGCAGAAGAAUGCUCCUUUGAAAAAUCUAAACCGUUAGAUGUGCUGUUCAUAAACAAUUCAAUUUCUACAACAGAGGAGAAUUUGGUAAAGAAUGAAGUCGACAAUACUUAUGGUAUUAAUUUUCCGUGUAAAGCGACCGAUACCUCAAACAAUACAAAAACCAUGGAUUGCAGUUUGAACAAAACUACAGAAAACGAUUCUAAGAAAAACAUACACAAAAUACGUCGGUUCGACUGCAAUAUAUGUCAAAGGAGGUUUAUAACCAAAAGUAAUAUAAUCUGGCAUAUUGCGAAAUCACAUUCCAGUACUUCCAUUGAAAAGAAAGCACCUCAAAAAAAUAAAGUCAAUCAUCGUAACAGCAAAAUCAAAGGGUAUACUCGAAAUAAAGAUGGCCUAUUUAAUUGUGGUAUUUGUUUGAAAAGUUGUUCAUCAAAAUCAAGCCUGAGAAGACAUUGGCGCGUUCAUACCGGCGAGAAGCCCUUUAAAUGCAAUAUUUGUGAAAAAAAAUUUGGUCAGAUAUCUCACCUCAAAACUCAUAAACGCAUACACACCGGAGAGAAACCUUUUAAAUGCAAUGUCUGUGAAAAAACAUUUGGUGUCCAGUCUUCACUCAACACUCAUGAAAGAACACAUACCGGCGAGAAACCAUUUAGAUGCGAUAUCUGUGGAAAAACAUACAUUCAAAAAUCUGAUCUCAAGAAACAUGAACGUGUACAUACCGGCGAGAAACCAUUUAAAUGCGAUGUCUGUAAAAAAUGUUUUAAUAGACAAUGUACCCUCAAAACUCAUAAAAGAACACAUACCGGCGAAAAACCAUUUAAAUGCGAUGUCUGUCAAAAGUCUUUUUGUGACAAAUCUAACCUCAGAACUCAUAAAAAGAUACAUAAAGAUACCAGCAGGAAGUUAUUUAAAUGCGAUGUCUGUAAAAAAUGUUUUAAUGGACAAUGUACCCUCAAAACUCAUGAAAGAUCACAUACCGGGGUUAAACCCUAUAAAUGCGAUAUCUGUAUAAAAAGAUUUAGUAGACAAUCUUACCUCAAAACUCAUGAACGCAUACACAUCGGAGAGAAUUCUUUUAAAUGCAAUGUCUGUGAAAAAACAUUUGGUAGACAAGAUAACCUAAAAACUCAUGAACGCAUACACACCGGCGAGAAACCAUUUAAAUGCGUUAUCUGUGAAAAAACAUUCAGUCAAAAGUCCUCUCUCAUAAUUCAUGAACGCAUACAUAUUGGUGGGGUACGACACAAAUGCUCAGUCUGUGAUAAAUCAUAUGGUCGCCAAGAUGCCCUCAAAAGUCAUCAAGCAAAAGCACACGGCUCAUAGAUUCAUAAACCUCACGUGGCUUUUUAGCAGUUUCAAAAUAGUUUUUCAAAAUCUAUUUGUUAAUUUUUUUUACUUAGGAUUUAAUUCAGAUUUAAUAUAUUUUUAUUCGUUU